GAUAUUCCGACGAAAUUCCGACGAUUUUUUCCCUCAGAAUCCUUGCUGUUUUCUUGUAGAGAUAUGCAUAUACAUAUAUACAUAAAGAAAUAAAUAAAUGAAAUAGAUCUCCACAUGACAUGAAUCCCACAUGCGCCAUUAUAUAAAGGGGGCUUGUACGGGUUUAGGCCACAACACAGAAGCAUUUCAAACUCUAGAAACUAAAUCGAAGUGUCCUCAUAGUGUUGAAAUGGCUUCCCAAGAGAAUCACUUUCUGAAGCAAAUAACCGAUUUGCACGACCAAAUCUCAAAACUCGAGGGCUUAUGCCCAUCCAAAGAAGUCGACGCCUUAUUCGGACAGCUCACGGCCUUGUGCUUGCGCACAGACUCGGACAUCGACGUUACAAAGAUGAGCCAAGAAGUCCAAGACAUGAGAUACAAUCUCAUUAAGCUACGUAGUGAAGCCGUUGUAUGUUUAGAACAACACUUUUCCACCAUGUGGGGAUCUCUCGAAGACAACCCGCUUGACCACAUAAAUAUCUUCCCUACCUACACCAACUACCUCAACCUAAGCAAGAUCGAGUUCGAUCUCCUAACACAGUACACGGCCAAUGUCCCGACGAAGAUUGCGUUCGUGGGCUCGGGUCCUAUGCCCCUCUCGACCAUUAUUUUAGCUAAGUACCACCUCCCAAACACUACGUUCCAUAACAUUGACAUCGACCCUCAAGCCAACGCUCUCGCCUCCCGUCUUGUCUCACGCGACCCUGACCUCUCUCAUCGCAUCAUUUUCCACACUACCGACUUAUUGAACAUGACCACGGAGAUGCUAGGUGGCUAUGACGUUGUUUUCUUGGCCGCUAUGGUUGGAACGGACAAAGAGGCAAAGAUUAAAGCCAUUGAGCACUUGCAGAUGCACAUGGCACCUGGAGCGCUGCUGAUGCUUAGGAGUGCUCAUGGCCUUAGAGCUUUCAUCUAUCAAAUCAUUGAUUCUUGUGAUCUUAAGGGCUUCGAGGUCUUGAAGAUUUAUCACCCGGUGACCAAUGAAUUUGGUAACUCAGUGAUCGUCGCACGCAAGCUCGGUCGGCAGACCACGACCGGGACGAGUAAUGGGGUUCGUGGCGCCCAGAGCUGAUGCAGGUUCUCCAAUAUCUACUAUGAAAUUACUCGAAUUAAGGAUUAUAAUAUUAAAAGUAUUUGAUCCAAAAAAGAAACGGUAAAAGUGUACUUUUUGUUGUUUCAUUUAAUGUCUACAAGUGUUGUGUUUUUUAUUA